ACUGUGGCCCCGUCGCAACAGCGUUGCGGGCUGAGGUUGAUAUCAGCAGCCACCGCGUCCGAGGGCCCGAUGGCGCUACGGAGCUUGCGACGGAGGCCCACCAGUGACCCCACAACUCGGCCCUGGACGUCGUGGUUCACUACCUGCGGAUGAUCUGCUCCUGGCCCGAGGGUCGCGGGCCGCUCGCGCGCGUGCUCGGUGAGUACUUCUUGCCGCUCACCUUCGCCGCGUCGGGCGUGCCGCAGCUGGUGUACUUCGGUCUGGGCGAGCACGACAAUAACGUGGAGCUCUUCGGCUUCCUGGCGGACGCGCUCGGGUCCGGUCUCUGCUGCUUCAAGAUGCUCCACCUGCAGAGGCACGCCGUGACGAUCAUGGCCGUUCGCGAGAUCCUGGACGACUUCACGCCGAUGGAACGCUCUUUGGCCAGCCAGGCCCUGCCGCUCAACGAGCACUGCGAGAGGCGGAGCGCAACGUUGUUGCGGCGCUACAUACGAACUUACUCGGUGCUAUCCAUAAUUGGCUCCUUCUUCAUGAUCCUCGCCGUCAUCCGCAACGACCCGUGGUACCACGUCAAGGCACCCCGAUAUAUGAUGGAAACGCGACCGCUCUUCAUCCUCAUGGUCGUCAUUUCGACGAUCGAGUUGUACGUCUUCCCAGUGGCAAUAGCAAAAGAGGAAGAAAUCGCUUCACCCAGCUACCGGUGGGACUCAAGCCCCCGUGAGUUGGAUGGAAGCUUUUUCUGA